GGUGUGGUUCUUACCUAGCUUCCUCCUUUUAGAAAUCUCCCCUUUGUACUGACUGAGUGAGGCUAGUGCUGGGGAGGGUGCCAGAGCGAAAGCCUGGCUUGUGGUUUCCAGGAUAAAUACGGGCUGGGUGGGUAGCAACGGAGUUUCCCACUGUGCCUCAGCCCAGAGGGACCACAGCUAAGGGGUCAGUUCAUUCUCCCUGGCGCUCUCAGGCCUUGGCCUGUUUGCGGAGCGGGCAAAGGCAGGGGCCAGAUGGGCAGGAUGCUGGGGUUUGUUAUUUGGACUCGUCCUGCUGGGAAUCAGACCAGAUCCUACCAGAGAGCUUUUGUGAAGCAAGUUGGGAAUGACUUUGGCCUAAUCUGCAUUAGAAAAGGUUUGCCGCUACUAUAAUUAUGCCAGCAAACCCUCCUCGCACAGACCUAGCUUAUAUUGGCCGGGAGUGUUUUUUCCCAGGCGAGUGUAUGCUGCUGGCAGUAAUGAAAUCAGCUAUCCUGGUAAAGUCACUUUUUGCCAAUGUAACUGAUUCGACACUAGGGCUUUUGGUGGAAUAGAAAUGUUGCAAAAAAAAUCCCACCCCUAACUGACAUUAAUAUACUGGCAAAAGUUCCUAGUACAGCCCUGGUCAAGGACACAUCCAACCAGGGGCUGGAACUGGACCAACACCCUAGUGCUGAGAGGCUGUGUGUCCCUUGUCUCAAGCUGUCUGGCUUCUUGAAGCUUAAGGGCCAUGUCUGCAGUGAGGGUAAACUGGCAUGUUUGCUUUAUACCAGCAAAAGUUCUGGCCUUAAGUGUCUUACUCUAGAGGCAGUUCUACACUAGGGACUUCUGCCAGCACAGCUGUUAGUCUGGAGUGUGAAGAGCUGUGAUCUGACAUAGCUGGGUUGGGAGAAGUCCCUAGGCUAGGUGCAGCUCUGCCAGCAAAGAUGUGCCUUUCCCAGUAUAGCUUGUUUCGCUCAUGGGGCGAUUUUAUUAUGCUGGUAACAGCUUUGCCAGUUUAGCUACUGCCACACUAGGAGCGCUUUGCUGGUACAGUGUGCCGGUAUCGCUAUACCAGUAAGCUUUCCUUCUCCUCGCAAGAAUAUUAUAGAAUAUUUUGUUUGCUGGUAAGUGGGGCUGAACCACUCUCUGACUUCUCAGACUGAAGAUAUGUCUACACUGUGGAGACUAUGCCAAUGUAAUGAUGUCAGCAUAGCCCAGAUGCAGCCUACACCGACAGAAGGAGUUUUUCCAUCAGUGUAGGAACACCGCCACCCUGAAUGACAUUAGCUCCAUUGACAGAGGCCCUCUUCUGUCAGUGUAGCUGCAUCUAUGCUGGGGGUGUUGUCGGUAUAGCAAUGUUGGUCAGGGUGUGGUUUUUCCAGACUCCCUGACCAGUGUAGUUAUGCCAAUAUCACUUUUCUGCGUGGGGCCUGGGCUAAGCCUAAAAGGCCUGGGCUCCUCACGCAAGUGCAGCCUCUGCUCCGAUAUGCUCUUGAAUGGGUGGAGAGAGCAGAAAGCCUCUUCCCAGCCCACGUAUAGAGCCCAGAUGAGGUGGCAGCAAUGGGGGAGCAACAAUGAUCAGGGGAUCCUGAGAGCAGAGGUAAUAGAGCCUCUGAAAUUAAUGGAGAUUACCAUGCCGAGUCAGGUAGUCUGGUCCCAUAGCCUCUCUCUGAUUGGCCAAUACCAGCCUUGGCUCUGUCAAUACCCCUCAAUCCUUACAGGCAUUACUUCCUGCUAUUCUAGUUGUGGGAUUUCUUCAUGCAGCAGCUCUGACAUUUCUCAUGAUCUGCAGCAUCUUCUGCCAUUUUGCAGAAGCAGCUGAUUGAAUUCAAUUAAAUGAGACUUCAUUGGCAUGGCAAGCUAUACAGGUGUUGCCAAGCAUUCUACAUUGUGUCCAGGGGUGUGAUGAUUUUGCCAUGGCGGAUAGGGUCUAUGGUAGAGGAGCCCCUGGUGGAUGAUGAAUAGGGAGCUGUUUCCUUGGAGAUGCUAAUAAGCACUGUGUGACAGGAGUGUCUUCUGUGACAAGGUCCAUGAGGGAGGUGGAACAGACUCCAGCAAUCUGGCAUCAGGUUAUGGAGCAACUAUAGUGUUGAAGGAGAAAGGUCCGCUCAUUGUUUCUAGUAGACUGUGUUCCCCUUUUCUUCUAAGGCUCCAGGAGACAGAGAAAAAGAGAUGCCCUCAGUGCUGAAAUGGUCUUCUCUACCAGAGGCAGGCAUGGUCUCGGAAAUGAAGUUCCCAGUUCCUUGGGGCCACAUUGCAGCCAAGGCCUGGGGAUCCCCGCAAGGCCGUCCCAUGCUCUGCUUGCAUGGCUGGCUGGACAAUGCCAACACCUUCAACAGACUCAUCCCAUUGCUCCCUAAAGAUUACUGUUACAUGGCCAUGGAUUUUGGGGGCCACGGCCUGUCAUCCCAUCGGCCCACAGGCUUUCCUUACCACUUCCUGGACUAUGUGAGCGAGGUCCGCAGGGUGACAGCAGCCUUGAAGUGGAGUCGAUUUACUCUGAUGGGCCACAGUUUGGGUGGAAGUGUCGCAGGAAUGUUCUCCUGCAUUUUCCCUGAGAUGGUAGAUAAGCUGAUCCUGGUGGAAUCUUAUGGCUUCUUCCCAGCUCCUCAGGGUCAGGACAAAGGCCCAGGAUUAGGUAGGGAAAGGAAGUUGAACUCCCCUCUUCCCUCUAGAGAUGAGCCAUCCAAGUCAGAGGAAAGUGGCACAUGGUUGGACUCUAAGAGGAAGGUGAUUGAAAGUCUCCUGAGUCUGGAGGAGAACAAGCCCCAGCCCCCUAAAGUACGCAGCCCCCAAGAAGCACUGCAGAGCACAUGCUGUGUCUUCCCCAGGCUAUUACAAGCCAACAAUCACCUGACAGAGGAGAGUGGGAGGAUCUUACUGCAGCGAGGAGCGACUGAGGUGCCGGGAGGCCUGGUGUAUAACAGAGACAUGAGAGUCCUUAAGCACAAUCUAGACCCCCUGACUCUGGAGCAGUUUGUGAGCUUCUUGAGAAAAAUCCAGGCCAGUGUCCUAAUGAUCAUAGCACAGGAUGGAAUAUUUAAUCCUGAAGCUGAAAACAUGAGCCGGUACUUUGUGAAGCCCCUGCAGGAAGCAUUCCAGUCCAACCUGAAGCACUUCCAGUUAGCCAAGGUGACUGGGAAUCAUUUUGUCCACCUGAAUGACCCUGAAGUAGUGGCUGGGCUCAUCAACAUCUUCCUAAAGAGGGACCAGAGCUCCAAAGCCAGGCUGUAGCCUGGAUUCCUGCAUCAGGGCUUGACUCCCAGCUUCCCAGGGCAGACAGCAGCAGUGACAAGAGGACAAGGAGCUUAAUAGUCUUGCAUGCAAGACGAGACACCACCACACCGUUACCUGGCUGGACCCUAAAGUUUUCCUCAUUACAUCAUUUUCAUCCUUUUGAGCCCAGUGGCUUGGAAUGGCAAAAGAACCUGUCUAAGCAAACAGGCGCUGAGGACUCUUCUCAAAGAAGAGCGGCGCAAAUUGUUUUGUGUUCAAAAGGAGAUGGGGAGGAGUCCCACCUCAUGCCUCCACUUCACAUGUUAUAGCAGCAGCUUCUGGAUUUAAGGUCCGCUUUCCAGUUAAACCUGCUGCAGUUUGAUCAGCAGGAAGCAAACCCUCUUGCUUUGUUUUGAUGAUGUGCUGCCUUGGAAAGGACUGGGAGGGGUAAACCAGGCACUUCCACACCACUACUGACAGCUUAUGAUAUACAUAAACACUAUCUCUAUACACAA